AUGUUUUUAGGGGCAGCAGCACCCCAAGUGGGUGUGGGGAGCCAUAGCCCCACCCCACAAGACCUGAAGCAGGCAUGGAGGAGACCAGGGCCCCAGUCAUCCAGAGGCCCCCCAGAGCAUGAGAGCCGCAGGAGGACCACCGCUGGGUGGGUGAGAGCUUCAGGAGGGUCACGCAGCAGUCACAGUGCAGAAGUCCCAGUGGGGUGCAGCAACAAGUCUCCUGGCAGCUGGGGCACCCCAUCCCCCAACAUAGCCAGGGCCCAGGCCCCACCAAGCAGCCGCCAGGAGCGAGCCGGCGCACACCCGAGCAUCCAGCCCCGCACACAGAGAACUACCAAUGCACGAGGUGGGGCACCAGCCACUGGUAGGGAGUCCUUGAUCAGGGACACGUGCCUGCACUCUCUGUAUUUGAAAACUCAGAAAGAUGACAUUGAGAAACAGGACAAAGACAUCAACGCACACACUUCUAAUCUCUCACACGCAAGCAGGCGUGCCCUUCAAAGCCAAAGGAACUGGAGCAGACGAGACAAAGAUGGACACGGUGGCUGUAAAGACACGAGCGGGCGUGCGAGUGUCUCCUGUGGCUGCAAGAGAAAGUCAUUAGGAGCUUUGAAGAUGAAUGUACAGCAUCAUCGGCGAGGGACUUGUGUGGCUCCGCGAGGACACAAAGGACAGCUGCUGAAAUCACUGAGUGGAAAAAAAAGAACAACAAAAUCUGUGGACCAUCCAUGAUCCCAGUUAUUAGACAAUGGAGUGACUCUGGGAUCAGAGGAGGAGAUGUGAUGCUCUGGCUGGAGCUCCACAGGCCACAGAGAUGACACAUGGAUAAACACCAUGCCAGCGACAUGAUGACAUGAUGGGGCCUUAAUGAUAGUUCUUAGCACCUCAUUCUCAUCAGGGCUGUCAAGUCACAAAGGUUGACUUUGACUCCCUGUUUGAACUCAG